GACGGAGGAGAAAUCAGUUCCAGCAGCUGUUCUGCAGAAACACGACGGGUCAUCACACCUCUGCCAUGUGAUUUUUAUUAAAGAAAUUCGGGGAAGGCUUCGACUGGGAAGGACUAAGCAAAGGAAGCUUCAUGAAGAGACAGGGAAAGUGUGACAGUGCCAGCAUCCCCCUCUCCUCCCCAACAGGGAGCAGCAGUGUCCAGGUCUACCAUGAAUACCAACAGGUGGCCUUUAAGAUGUUUUCUGAGAACGGCCACACCCCAGAGACCAGUUCUCAGACCAGGACUGCAGGUCUGCACCAGGUCUCUGUGCCGGACCUUAUCCCCAACAGCCCAGACCAGAGACACAGCCUGAAAGACGAGAGUUUUCACAAGAACUCCAUGUGGAUCAUGGAUUCGAGCAGCCAGGCCUAUUCAGGACCCGAGGACAACUCCACAGACCCACAUGAGACCCUGACGGAGACCUCCACCCUGACCUUUGUGGAUGCACACAUCAUGGAAGAGAACCACAGCCUCCACGGCGUCGGGAUGGUUUAUCUCAAGGAAUUUGUGUUGAUAGAUGAUGAUGAUGAUGGAGACAUGUCGCUGAGGGAGAAAACGGUCACAGAUUUGUCCGUCAUGGAUGGGAAAGCAGCGGAGCUGGUCUGUGGGAGGCUGCUGUCCACCUCCAGUGGGUCGCUGUCACAGUCUAAGGACGAGACUCCAGCUGCUGAGGCUCCUCCUCCUGAGGAAGUUCAGACUCCAAACACACAGAAACACUGCUGUUUCUGCUCUAUUCUAUGACCCAGUGCAGAGCAGGUCUGAGUCCUGGAUCAGGACCACGGGGCUAGAACCUGGAUCCAGAAUGAAGCCAAUGUGGAAGUAUCUUAACCCUUUCAUGCAUGAAUUAUUAAAGUAUUUUUGAUAAAAAUCAUAAAUAUUUGCUUUUUGAUAAAGCAUAUCCAAUUGGAUUUCUUCAAUAUCUUAUUUCUUUAGCAUAAUACACUGCUAUUCAUCGUAGUGGAUUCCAUUCAACCAGUUUAAUAUAUAAUGGUGGUCAUAAACACAUCUAUAAAGCUCCUUCCACAAAGAGAACACAUCACUGCUUUAAGACAACAUAUUAGUCAAA